AUGUCCAAAGAAUUGCCAUACAUACACAUACACAUACCAUACACAUACACACACACACAUACAUAUACACACACAUACACAUAUAUACAUACAUACACAUACAAUACCAUACACAUACACAUAAGCGUACAUACACAGACAGUUGAAUGA